AUGAGCUCACCGGGAAGCCCACGCGCGGACUCCAGACUGGAGCAGGUGAUCCAGAAGUUGGAGGAGAGCGUGUUAUCUGAAGAGAAGAGGUUGACUGUACAAGGCCCCUCCCCUGAUGCCCCGCCCACCUGCAUUCCGGCUCGUGUGCGAGAAAUUGUCACCAAGAACUUGAAUGAGAGCACCGGCAGCAUGUCCUCAGUUCUGUCUCUGGAGGAGGACAACCGCGUCCUUCAGAGUGAAUUGAGUCGUCUGGAGGACCUGCUGGCCCAUAGCCGCGCUGAUCGCGAUGAGCUCGCCAUCAAAUACAGCGCCAUCAGUGAGAGGUUGGAGCAGGCCCUGCGUUUGGAAGCGGGGGUCAGUAACAGCGACUCUCCAGAGUGUGUGAGUUUGACUCAGCAGGUGGUGGAGUUGCGACGGCGUCUGGAUGAAGAACAAAAUGCUUACAAACGCAAACUCGCCGCCUACCAGGAGGGACAGCAGAGACAAGCUCAACUUGUCCAGAAACUCCAGGCCAAGGUUCUACAGUAUAAGAAGAAGUGCAGUGAUCUGGAGCAGUCUCUACUGGAGAAAUCAUCAGAGCAAAGUGGGUGUGAAAAGUCCACUAAUGGUCAGGACGAGUGCAGCAGUGAACUGGAGACGGCCCUGAUCCGCCUGGAGGAAGAGCAGCAGAGGAGCAGCAGUCUGUCGGCGGUGAACGCAAUGCUGCGUGAACAGCUGGAACAGGCCGGACUGGCCAAUGAGGCGCUGAGUCAGGACAUCCGCAGACUCACUGCUGAUUGGACCAAAGCGAGGGAAGAGCUGGAGCAGAAGGAGUCUGAUUGGAGGAGAGAGGAGGAGUCCUUCCAUAACUACUUCAGCAGUGAGCACAGUCGGCUGCUCACUCUGUGGAGGCAGGUGGUCAGUUUCCGCAGGAGUGUGUGCGAGAUGAAGAGUGCCACUGAGAGGGAUCUGUCAGUGAUGCGCAGUGAUCUGGCUCAGACGGCUCAGAGCGUGCAGCUGCAGUGUGUGUGCGUGUGCGUGGCGGUGCAGAGUCGUGAGGACGGCUCAGCGCUGGUCCUGGAGCGCGAGGCGUCUCAGCGCGUCACACUGGAGCAGCUGCUCAGAGAGAAGGAGAGCGAGAUCACCGAGAGCCAAUCAGAGAGAGAGAAACUCAACAGCAGGCUGGUAGACGCAGAGAGAGAGAUGGAGAGACUCAGAGCUCGAGUAGAUGAGAGAGAGAACGAGAUCACGUCACUCACCCGGAGACUGCAGGAUCAGAGUGGAGAUGAAGAGUCAGAGCUCCACACACUCAGAGCUUACACUAACAAUCUGCUGGACACACUGAGAGACAUCACACAGUUGAUGUUGUCGGAUUCGGACUCGAGUGUGUUCGGCUCGUUGGUGGAGACUGAUUCAGAGAACAAUGUUUUAGCUCUGCGGCUGCUGAUGCGCUCCUCCUCCCCCCAUCGAUCCUCAUCACCGCACCAAUCCUCCCCCCUCCCCGAAUCCGCUCUCUCAGCUCUGCGCGCCAUGGCAACCAGUAGACAUCUACAGCUCCAGGAGAUUAAAGGUCGUCUGCAGUCGGCGCAGUCGUCUGUCCAACAGCUGCGCAAACAGCAGGGGGAGGUGGAGUCAGGCAGGAGGGAGGCGGAUCUACGUCUACAGGCUGUGCAGAGCGAGAGGGAUGACACUCAGAGAGACAGAGAGACAGCAGUGAGAGAGAGAGACCGACUCCGACAGGAGAGGGACAAACUUUGCAGUGAGAAGGAGUGUGUACAGCAGUCUGUGCAGGCUUUGCAGACAAAGCUGCAGCUGCUGCAGAUGGACUUUGAGAGACUGCAGCAGGCUGCGGCGUCUGCGCAGAGAGAGAGAGAUCACGAACGAGUGGAGAGAGAGACAGCUGUGCAGGAAAGAGAUCGUGCCAGAGCAGAGACGGAGAGAGUUCAGUCUCAGUGGGGACAGAGUGAGAGUCGCUGCAGCUCUCUGCGCUCUGAACUGGCUGCACUGAAGGAGUUGCUCCAGCAGGGGGAGAUAGAGAGACAACUGCUCAAGACCGAGAAGAGCCAACUGACUGAUACUCUCAAAAAGGUGGAGUCCAGUAAUGCUGAGCUGAUGGUGUUGAUGGCGAAGCUGCGCUCUGAGGAGGCGUCGCUGAGAGACUCUCUGGCUAAAAUGAGCAGCUUAAAUGAGGGACUCGCUCAGGACAAAGCAGAACUGAACACCAUCAUCAUCCAGCUGGAGGAGGAGAGGAGUGUGCUGCAGGGUCAGAAGAGAGAAGCGGAGCAGGAGAAGCUGACCAUCAGAGACGAGCUUGUCCGAUUAGAGCAGAACCGACUGGAGCUGGACUCCGCCCGCCUCACUCUCUACCAAUCACUUCAGGAGUCUGAGCAGGUCAGGGUGGGUCUAGAGGCGGAGCUUCAGAUCCUCCGGAUGGACAAACACAAACUGCAGGAGAAAAUUACACAGCUAUGUGGUGAGGUGAGCUCUUUGGGGGCGGAGCUUGGUGUCAUCCGUGGCGAGGGGGAGAGAAGGGGUGUGGCUCUGGAGGAAGCUGACCGGACGAGGGCGGAGAUUGCUCGUGAGAGGGCGGGGCUUGUGGUUCAACUCGCAGCAUCUGAGAGAGAUAACGCUGCACUGACGGAGGAGCUCGCUGCGGUCAGGGCGGAGAAGGAGGCGUUGGAGGCGAGUCUGUUUGAGGUGCAGCAGCAGCUUAUGCAGUCAGACUUGCGCAGAGAGCAACUUGAGAGCGAAAACCUGAACCUGAGAGCACGAUAUGACAACACUACAGUGGAGCUGAAGCGUGUGCGGGCGGAUGGGGAAAUGGCUGCCACUCAGAGUGAGAGAGAGAGACAGGCUCUUAAACAGGAGCUGAUUAACGCUCGUCUCGAGGCUCAGCUCUCACUCCACAAUACGCUCUCGGACCACCAGGCGGAGCUGGAGAGACUCUCCAAUGAGAAGGAGGCUCUGCGCUGCAGUCUGCAGACCGAGCAGGAGGAGGCGCUGCGGCGUGUGAGGGAGGAGGUGGAGGACUGUGUGCAGAAGAUGGAGCGAGAGCGGGAGGAGCUGCAGGAGGAGAUUCGGGCUCUACAGCACUCACGGGAUCAGAGUCUCCUCCAGGCCGAGAGCGACAAACAGCAGGCUCUGUCCCUGAAGGAGACAGAGAAGGCCAUGCUGUCAGAGAGAGUGUGUUCACUACAGGCCGAGUUGAGCUCUGCAAACCUGGAGCUGGAAAGACUGAUGAGAGAAACACAACACCUGAAGGAACAGGAGAGGGCUGCAGUCGGAGCUGUGAGCACUGAGCUGCAGGAGCUGCGCAUGCAGCUGGAGGACACAGUGAGCACUAACAGACGGGAGCUGCGCAGACUGCAGGAGAACUGCACAGAGGAGCAGAUACGCGCAGACACUGCACUCAGAGAGCUGGAAGAGUGUCGUGCUCUUCUCUCAGCCAGCGAGGAGAGCCGGGACACCGCAAGGCGAGACCUUCUGGAGAUGGACAGACGUCUGAGCCAGUCACGUGACAUGGGGGAGGUGCAUCGGCGAGACACAGUGGAGCUACGGCGCUCCCUUGGUGACGUCACUAAAGAGAAGGAAGCUCUCAACCAAUCAAAUGGCCAGCUGCGGGAGGUGUUGAGGGCAGCGGAGAGCGAACGGAUCAGUGUGAAGCGACAGUGUGAGGAGAAAGAGCAGCGUGUGGCUGUGCUGGAGGAGACCCUGGCAUCUGCGCAGAAGGAAGUGGGGGAUCUGCGCAGCUGUCUGAGGGAGGUAGAGCGAUCACGACUGGAGGCCAGGAGAGAACUGCAAGAACUGCGCAGACAGGUGAAGGUGGUGGAUGUAGAGCGGGAGCAGAAGGUCAGAGAAGUGGCAGAGCUCCAGACUCGUCUCUCACUGGAGCUGCAGAAGGAGGAGGAACGAGGGAAGGAACUCUUCUCCAUCAAACAGAAACUCACCGAGGCAGAGGCAGCCAGGAACUCCCUCAGAAAAGAGCUGUCGUGUGUGCAGAAGCGACUGAGCGACAGUGAGAGCGGCCGGCGUGGACUCGAGCGCGAUUUCAGCUCUCAGCUGCAGGAGGUACGCGGUUCUGAGAAGAAGCUGCAGGACGAUUUGAGGAACCUGAGCCUGCGUGCACAGGCCGGGGUCGAAGCGUCUGCGCAGACGCAGCUGCAGCUCAGCGAGGCACAGGGGCGCCUCAGUGCCACAGAGGCGGAGCUAACACGUUCUGAAGCUGCGCGCCGUGACCUCGAGUUCCGAUUGGCCAGUUUGCAGUCGGCACUGACCCGAACACUGGGUAUUGGCACUGGGGGGCGGGGCCUACGCGGACGCAGCCCUGCAGGCUCCACCCACUCCUCACUCAUUUCUGUGGUGAUGCCCCGUCGACGGAGCGUGUCUCCUCUACGCAGCUUGUUAUCGCCCCCUAAAGAUGUUGUGGAUAAAUCCAGUAAGUCCAGUCCUGAUGACACGACCGUGUCUCGUCCCCUGUCUCCUGAGAGAGGAGACACACCCGUCCCUCUCAUCCAGCCCGACCUUGACCCAGAAACACUCCGUAGUGGCCUUCGAGACUUCCUGCAAGAGCUCAGAGAAACCCAGAGAGAAAGGGAUGAGGCACGCAGUCUGUUGGGGGCGCUGCAGCAAGAUCUAGAAGAAGUGAAAGGAGAGAGGGACUCUGCUCAAAACCGCAUCACUCAACUUCACACCACACUGCAGGAGUGUCGGGAAGGUAAGCAGGGUGCGGACGGUCGGCUGAGCUCCACUCAGGCAUUACUGCAGCAGCAGGAGGAGGCAGUGAGGAGAUUAGCGAGAGAGAAAAGGACACUCACCGAACAAGUUAAAGAGCUCGAGAGAACACUGCAGAACGCUGAAAUGGAACACAGACACUUACAGGAGCAGUGCAGUAAACUCCGGGCAGGUGAAGUUCGGUUGGAGGCGGAGCGUCGGAGGCUGAGGGAGGCCUUAGAAGGGGCAGAGUCCCGAGCUACAAGGGUGGAACUUGGAAGGCGGAGCCUAGAGGGAGAGAUCCAGCGGUUACGAGUGUGUCUCGCUGAGAAAGAGACAGAAGCCCAGAGUGCUCAGGACCGACACGACAGCAUGCUCAAACAGGUGGUGGAAGCUGAGGCCCGUGUGUCCUCGUUACAGAGGGAGGUGGACAGAGUGUCGUCUCUGCUCAGUAAAGCUCAGGAUUUGGAGAGUGUUCAGAGAGACAGAGCUCAGACUCUCAGCCAGAGCUUACAGGACAGCAACGCAGCUCACAGCGCCACCCAGGGGCGACUCGCCACACUGCAGAAAAACCUCACCCUCACAGAGCAGGAACGCAAGCAACUGCAGGAGCGUGUGGACAGCAUGCGAGCGUCUCUGUCUGAGGGGAAACAUGCUGUAGAGACUCUGACUGAGCGCAUGCAGAACCUGCAGGCUGAACUCACACAGAGCCAACUGAGACGCCAAGAGCUGGAGACAGAGCUCACUGACACACAGGAGGCUUUGCGUCUGCGUUCGGCUGCUCUGUGUGAGGCACAGCGCUCCCUACAGACGGCGCAGACAGAGCGUGUGUGUGUGGAGGAGCGGGUGUGUGUCCUGCAGCGAGCCGUGGCUCUGUUAGAGACAGAGAAGAAAGACGCAGAGAGACAGGCAGUGCGUCUGGAGAAGGACAAGAACGCUCUGAGGAACACGCUGGAGAAGGUAGAGCGGCAGAAGCUGAAGACAGAGGAGAGCAGCAUGCGUCUGUGUGCAGAGAAAGAACGACUGGAUCAGUCACUCAGCACAACGGAGCAGGAACUAGAACACGCACAGAACCAGAUCACUCUGCUGCAGACCCAGCUUGUGGAGUUGGAGGCAUCACAGAGUGUGAGCGAGCGUGAUGAUGCCCUGAAGGAGGCGGAGCUUCUGAGAGCCAAUCAGCGUGAGGUAGAGCGACUGAGAGCCAGUCAGAGAGAGGCUGAGCGAACGUUAGCCAAUCGAGAGCGAGCUCACCGUCAGAGAGUGAAGGGACUGGAAGAGCAGGUGUCCACCCUGAAGGAGCAGCUCCAGCACGAGUUACGGCGUCGGCAUCCGUCUCUGCCCCUGAGCAACUGAUCUCAGGUCAGCCCGUACCAAUACACACUGAUCCCAUAAACACACAGCUGUUCUCACUUCUCACAUCAGGAGUCACCAUGGAGACCAGCACGCAUCACAUGACAAACUUGCAUGCCAUGUGACCCGCUCCAGAUCAGUGUGUGUUCCAGUCAGAAAUCCUGCCUGAUCUGAGAACAGCUUUAACCACAAACCCCUGCAGAGACUCAUACAAUACUGACCUGAGAUCAGCAGGGACACAGGCAGCUUCCCACUCAGGUGUGUGUGUGUGUGUGUGUGUGUGUGUGUGUGUGUGUGUGUGUGUUACACUCUUGAAGACUGUCUGAGGUUCUUCAUCCGUUUUACUGAACGGUGUGUGAUGUCACACCUCUGAUGUUGUUAAUUUUGCCAUGGUCACAUGACCCGAAUUCCCACAGCUGUGAAUGUGCGGUGGAGAGGGCGGGACUGUCUUUUCCUUCAGGUGGAGUUUAACAACUGGUGACCAGCCACCUUCAGUCCCUGUUAGCGAUGUUAGCAUUAGUGUCCUGUCGAGUGAACACGAUCACACUCAGGGGAAAUGAAGCUGGGACCUUCACUGUUCACGAGACGCUACACGUGUGUUGAUGUUCCGUUUUUCACAUCGCACAGUAUUUUAUCACUGACCAAUUGAUGAAAUUAUUAUGAUAAUACCUUUUUUUUUUUUUUACAUAAUUUCUAAAAGUUUCAUGUUGAUGUUCAUGUGAUAAACAGAAUUGUGGAAUUGACGGCACACGAGGCUGAUUCAAUUCUGGACCAAACUCUGGACUUGGACCUUCAUCAAGUGUAGAAUCUGCUGAAUUCUCACAACUAUUUUUAUAACAUUAGUUUGUCUGACAGAUAUUUUAACAUUUUUUUUAUUUGUCGAGAAGGAGAUAUGAGUGAGAGUUUUAUUUUUCUGCACACUCCCUGUACAGUGUAUUAUUCAUACCGAACUGCGCGUGUUGACUUUUUCUAAUGAUGCAACUCAAUUAAUAAAUAAAUUUUAAUUAUUUCACUCAAACAAUAAACAUGAAAUCAUUUCA